AUGCCGACCCGCUUUCUUUUCGCGGGAACCUGGACGCCCUUCGCUCGAGCCCCCUCUGCUGGUAGACUAGGGUGUUACCGCAGCUUCUCCCCUUCGGGCCAACACGGGCUACGGAGGCCGGAAAGAAGCUCGCGUUUUGAACAAAGGCAGGUGGCGGACUCCGUAGUUCAAUCGGGGUCCAGCGGCGCGUCCCGCCCUCAGCACUCUCCGCCGGCAGAACCCGGAACUGGGGCUCACGUGAUCCUAACUCGGGACGACGACCGGGGCCCCGCGCGUGCGGCGAGAACGGUGACAGGAUUGCGAGAUCUAAGGCAGCUCCGGGGGAAACAAGUGUUUGUGUCCAGAAUUAACUGGGCUACCCAUUGGCUCGGCAUAACAUUUCUGGCCCCUAGAAAUGCGAAGUUGACAGUUGCCGGUUCCUUGGACCUGGUCCAGAGCGUUGAAGAUGACCCGCUCCUGGAGGCCCCCCUGCUCCCACAGUACUCGCUGCAGGCCCGCUUCACGCCCAGGUUCCAGCCCCUGCCCACGCUGGUCACAGCCAGUCUUCUCCUGCUCGUACACGUGGUAUUCGUGGUCUUGGCGUUUCUCACGGGCGUGCUCUGCUCCUACCCCGACCCGAAUGAGGACAGGUGCCCGGGGAACUACAUCAGCCCGCUGAAGGUGCAGAGCGUUGUCGUCCUGGGCAAGGUCGCCCUGUGGGUCCUGCACGUGCUGCUCGAGCGCUACCUCCAGUACCACCACGGCAGGGUGCGGGGCCGUGGCUAUGGCCGCAUCUACCGCGCCACGCGGCCGCUGACCACGCUGGCCCUGCUGACACACUCAGCUGGCAACGCAGCGCUGCUGCUGGUGCUGUGCGCGCAGCACUCCUUCCCCGGGCCCGGCAGGCUGUACCUCGACCUCCUCCUGGCCGUGCUGGCCCUGGAGCUGCUCUGCUCGCUGACCUGGCUGCUGCUGUACACAGUGAAAAUUAGAAAAUUUAAUAGAGCCAAACCACAGCCUGAUGUUCUUGAAGAAGAAAAAGUCUGUACUCACCCCAGCGGUAUUACUUCGGAGACUGGCUUCAGGACCAUUUCCAGCCUGGAAGAAGUGGUGGAAAAGCAAGCAGACAUCAUAACGUACCUGAAGCGGCACAACGCGCUGCUGAGCCAGCAGUUGUUGGCGCUCACAGCCACAGACCUGGGCUCCCAGCCAAGCGGAACCUGAGAGGCUGCGGUGCCCAGGCCAGGGACUGGCGAGAGUGCCCACAGGUGGUUCCCAGGGCCUCCGGCAGACCCGCUGCUCAGUCCUCAUGGGACCCUGAAUCUGCAUCACCUGCGGCCGGGAUCCUCUGAGAGGCACGUGGGAGGGGUCCUGGGAACCCCAGGGGAAAGACUGUCGCGUUUAUUCUGGAAUCAUUUAACACUCCCCCUGGGUUUUUCUUAGGAUCCGGCUGUUUAAAAGUGCCGUGGUUCCACUCUUUCUGCGUGCUGCUAGAUCCCUGCAGCAGUGAGCGUGUCACUUAGCGGAGAGUGCACUUGGCACUCCGGAGGCGUUGGGUGUGACCCUCAGUUCCACGUAAACAGUGACAGGAAACAGCCCUGUGACAGUGGACUGCAGGGGAAGUCAGUCCUGACAGGCAGUUGUAAAUGGCCUUUUGGGGAUGGAACCCAGGGCCUCACGAGUACCAGGCUCUGCCCUGGAGCUGCCACGGUGCCUAAAGAAGUAAGCCCUACUGUUGAGAUAAGGAGAGAAGUCAUUGCUGUGGUGUCUUCUGUAUCUUCCCUUUCCGUGUGUCCUGUGCUUCUGGGGACUGAGGGACAGCGAGUCGUGCGCCUGUGUUUCCCUCCUGUGGUGCUGGGCAUGGAACCCCCUCCCCCAGGAGCUGCACGCCCCCCACACAGCUGUCACAGAAUUUCCUCACUGGGUAGGACAAGGAGCCCGGCUGAUGUGGGAGGGUCAUGAGUUUGAGGCCAGCCUGGGCUACAUAGUGAGUUCCAGACCAGCCUGGAUAUAGGAAAACCGUGCCUCCAAAAGCAAACAGCAGUCUGGCUGACCAGGGUCUCACUCCAUGAUACAGUAUGCAGAUUCUAGUGUUUUCUUCAGAAAUCAGGUGAUACAGUUACCUGGUGACCUGACCCAGACAGGCUGCUGCAUCUUCCAUUGCGAAAGCUGGAGAAUUCAGAAAUGUCCGCUUCUCUUUGCCCUCUUCUUGAGGAAGUUGCCAUUUGUUUCUGUAUUGGAUCAGUUCAUUGAAUCAAGAAGUUCACUUCCAGGAAUGGAAAAGCCUGUGGUUUAAACUCUAAAGAGAACGAUUCAUUUCUAGUCUUAGUUUAUACCUAGUGGUAAUGAGAAUAAAUUUAUGCACAGACAAGCACGCCUGUGUCCUGAGAGCAGAGCGAAGUGGUACGAGCGGCAUCACUCCUCGCGUUCCAGGUGUGCUGCUGUCCUGGUCACUUCCGCCGCCCAGGCCCAGUCCCCACCGAGGGAGCUGUGAGGGGAGGGGCAUCUUGGACUGCGAGCUGGGUCCCCAGCUGGUGACGCGGGACUUGGCUGGAGAAGCCGUGCAAGACCGCCUUGGCACGUUCUGACUGAGGUCCUGGGAUUGAGCCAGCGGGUAGGACUGACGCACAUCCCCAGCCCUUCAGUUUGAGAAGGUCUUGCUAAGUUGCCCAAGCUGAAUUAAAUUUGCUGUCCUCCCGCCUCAGCCUCCCAGUGCUGGGAUUACAAGUGUAUGCCACACCUCUGAUGGCAAGGGAUUUUUUGUUGCUUGAUUAUUUGAAAUUGGGUCUUGCUGUGUAGUCCAGGUGAGUCUCAACCCUAUGACCCUCUUGUCUCAGCCUCCCCGUGCUGGGAGGAGAGGUUGCACCACGGGUUGGGACAUAUUCAUUUGAUCACACCCACUCACUUCCGGAGGGGAACACCUGCUGCCCAGAUGCAGCUCCCUCUUGGGCAUUCUGUCCCAGGUCCCUGGUCUUCUUCCCUGCUAGGCAGGCUGCUGCACACUGAGGCAGGUGACCACCUUUCCAGACCCUUGGGCUUUAGAGAUCCUUUGUGCCAUGUGUCCUCGGGUCCUCUGCUCACUGGCCCCGGGAUGUUCUCCCUCUGCUCCCGAGGGGACCAAGCACCCUGAUGAAAUGUGUCCCUCACCACUGGUGAGAAAGUCCCCACAGGUGGUCCCAGGGCUGCCUGAGGUGCAGUGUUGUGCGACAGCAACCACAGGCGGGCCCUUUUCCUUCUGGAAUUUAAGCCCAAGUCAUACUUGAAUCAAGUUGUUUUUCUCCCUUUUAAUUUUUCCUUAACUUCCUCCAAGGCUUCUCAGCCUCAGCACUGCUGAAAUCUGGGUCAGUUCCCAGGUAUGGUAGCACCACGCGUGUAACCCCAGCACU